GUCUUUCGAUUCAGAAUGGCAUCAUGACCAUUGCCGUCACAACUCACGGAGGCCAGGCCAUCACCACGCCGAACGCGCUCUUCCCGAACGCCUCCGAAGCAGAGGAUCACUCCUGCGAUGUGCCAGAGGACACAAAGCUCACGGAUGUUUGGCUGGCCGUUUUGCCUUCCUUGCCACCGGUCGGAACGCCCAAGUUUCCCAGAGAUCGCGAGAGGCGGACAUUGGUCGGCCGACUCCGGCUCCGUGUGCGCUCGGCAGAGACCUUCGUGGACGACGCUGCCACGCGACGAGGUCUGCGCCGCGGGGUGGCCCGAGCCCUCCAGGUGCCCGAGGAGAACGUGAACAUCACCAGCGUCAGCGUUGUGCCGGUUGGGGGUCGGCGGCUGUCCAGCUUGGGAGAGCUGCUCGUUGAAUACACGGUGACCGAGACGGAUGAGUCACCCCUGGACACAGCAGCACUAGAAGAGAUGGUACAGGAGGUCGAGGCGAACUCGACCGCAGUUCUCGGGGAGCUGGUCUCUGCCAUAGCAGAACUGGCCCCUGAGUUCGCGACCUCCAUCGAGGAAGUGGAUAUAACGGCGUACGGUGCUGAGAGUUCGCUGACUUCUUCAAGGGGCCCGGAGACCGAACCUUCCACCACCAGCUUCUCGAAUUCAACCUCGGAGGAGUUGCUCUCAGCAGAUGUCACGGAGAGCACCACCACAUUUCAGGCUGAAAUGGACGCUCUUAGCUCCUCCAGCCAGCAGCACGGAGCCCUUCUUUGGAUGGCUCUUUUCGCAAUGGUGUGCCAUGCCAAAUGGCGAUGA